UUUUGUUUCUGUGUUUAAAUUACUCAUUGUGAACGUUUUUAGCUUUUUAAUUUAUAAGAGAAUUUAUUUAAUUAUUUACUAAUUGUGAUUUCUAAUUAAUCUAUUCAACUAUUAAGGUUAAUUAAUAAUCGAAAUCAUUUUAAAAUCAUGGAGGCUUUUGAAAAGAUGGAGAAAAUUGGUGAAGGUACUUAUGGUGUUGUUUAUAAAGCUCGAGUUCGUAAAUCUGAUGCUGUUGUUGCUUUGAAAAAAAUUCGCUUAGAAAAUGAAGAUGAAGGUGUCCCGCCAACUGCUAUCAGAGAAAUUACUCUUCUUAAAGAGUUGGUUCAUCCGAAUGUUGUUUACUUAAAGGAUGUUAUCAUGCAAGAGAAUAGACUUUAUCUUGUCUUUGAAUUUUUAACUAUGGACUUGAAAAAAUAUCUUGACAGUUUACCAGAUAAUAAGAUGAUGGACAAAAUGUUGGUAAAAAGUUACCUUUAUCAAAUCAUGCAAGCGCUUAUGUUUUGUCACCAAAGGAGAGUGAUCCAUCGUGAUUUAAAACCUCACAAUCUUUUAUUAGAUUCUAAAGGAAUUAUUAAAUUAGCAGAUUUUGGAUUGGCUCGUGCAUUUGGUAUACCUGUUCGUCCAUAUACUCAUGAAGUAGUUACUCUUUGGUAUCGGGCUCCUGAAGUUUUAUUAAAUUCUGAACGUUAUUCUACUUCAUUGGAUAUCUGGUCAGUCGGAUGCAUUUUUGCAGAAAUGGCCACAAAGCGACCAUUAUUUAGAGGAGAUUCAGAAAUAGAUCAACUGUUCCGAAUUUUUAGAGUUUUGGGUACACCCACAGAAUCAACAUGGCCUGGAGUCUCGAAAUUACCAGCAUAUAAAAGUCAUUUCCCUUGUUGGAAAGAAAAUAUUCUCAACUCAUUUGCACCAAUGAUCGGCGAAACUGGAGAUGACCUUCUAAAAUUGAUGCUUAUCUAUGAUCCUCACAGGAGAAUCUCAGCUAAAGCUUCAGUUAUUCAUCCCUAUUUUAAAGAUUUGGACAUUUCGAAACUACCAGAUUAUACUGCCGAAUAUUAAUUGCUGACAAUUCCAGUCAAACAUUCCAAUUACAAUCAAAACAAUAUUACGCAACACAACACAAAGUCACAUUCAUUUGAUCAUCAUGAUUAAUACAAUUGUCGCAGUUUUGGUAACACACACACUCACGAAAAAUGGCCUUCCAACCAAUUAACUUUCCCAAGUCACACAAUUUUCACAAUCCAAUCAAAUUAAUAAGAAAACCACUUAAAACAAAAUUAUAUUUAACUCCAUUAAUCAUCUUAGAUCACUUUUAGCGAAAUUAUAAUUAUUAUUUUUCGAGAUACCAAAGCUAGUCCAUGGACCGGCCAAUGGGACUGGCAAUUUGUCGGAAACUUAUUGGUCAGUGAUGAACAUAAACUGACCAACUUGUUGAGUAUCUAAUUGUUUUUACGUUGAAAAGACUUAAAAAAGAGCGAGACCAAUUAACACUGUCAAAGAUUUCCAAUAAAUCGGCACCAAAUUAAAGCCACCAAAUUAAUAACUAUUUUUAACUAAA